AUGAGCAAAACACCACCCACCGAGGCCGCGCCCGCCUACGAGGACCUGUUUCACGAGCGCGGUGCAAGCUCGCGCAACGGCUAUGCCAUGGUUGACCAGACAGAUGCGUUCGAUUCUCACACAGACGUGGAACAAGGCCAUCGCCACCACAGCGAACCUGUUGAGUUAGUGUCAGCAGUCGGUCAGGAGCACACUCAUUGUGCAGAAUGUGAUCGCCAACGAGAACGGAGGGAACGACGGGAGAGUACACAGAAAUCAUGUGGCAUGGUUGCAAAGACCUUCAUCAUGAUAGCGCUCUUCAUGAUGAUUUUGGGUGUUGUCAGUGUCCAGGCUUGGAAGGACGUUCGCAUGAAUAAGGGUCAUAAAUAG